CCUCACCGUUAUUCCUUACAGACUUCAACAAAAUGAUCCGGCCAGAGAUGCCCUCUCUGGGUUCUUCAACAUGGAUUUGGGGAGGGGUUCUGCUAUGGUUUUGUGUUUUGUUCUGUUUUCUGCCUUGUGUUUCCCGUCCUCUCGGUGCUGUCCUUGUCUCGUGUCGGAUUAUUGUUCUGUGCUGUCGGUGUUUUCAUACUUUGUCUCUGGUCUCAGUGUCUCGUGUUCAGCCUUCUUGCCUGUUUGGAUUCAUUUUCAUGUUUGCCUGGACACCUUUUGUUUUCUUCGUAUUGAUGGCUGUUCAGAGACUGAUGAAGAGUCGAUGUAUGCAGUCAACAGUGAAGUGGCUUGGUAUGCAGACUUUAAGAACAACAUAGGAGUCAGGGUUCUGCCCGGUUUUGUAGAUCCUGUGAAGAUCCCAGAAGGACUUUAUGAAGAUUCAGCGUCUAUUCUAGAGUACUGCAAAUCUGACCUGAAACUUGCACGUAGAGCUUUCAAGAACCUCGCACUGGAGCAGGAUCCUCCUUCCAGUCUGAUGAUCUACACCAAAGAAGACGUGGAGCUCAGAGAGAAGAACAUCCUCAUCUGUUACGUGACUGGUUUCUAUCCUGCUCCGGUCAACUUCUACUGGACAAAGAAUGGAGAGAACGUCACCGAAGGAACCAGCAUCAACGUUCCCUACCCCAACAAAGACGGUUCCUUCAACCAGUUCUCCAGACUGGAGUUCAUCCCACAGCUGGGAGACAUCUACAGCUGUACAGUCAAACAUCUGGCCCUGAAACAACCACUGACCAGAAUCUGGGAUGUGGAGCUUAACCUUUCUGUGUUUACUGAGCCCGGUAUUGGACCUGCAGUUUUCUGUGGACUGGGUCUGACUAUCGGUCUGCUCGGUGUGGCUGCUGGAACCUUCUUCCUCAUCAAAGGAAACAAGUGCAGCUGAUAGGUUGGGAUUGAUGAUGUCAACAGUG